AUGGCAUGCGACGAGCCUCCCGUAUAUUGUUCAGUGAGGGAGAUUGUUUAUACGACAAACAGCAUUCUGGAUAUCUCAGAUAUCUACAUAAAGAAGAAAAAGGCGGAUCACUAUCCCAACCCACUAUCCCCCAAUCCACUAUCCCCAAAUCUACUUCCCCAGCCCACUAUCCCAACCCACUAUCCCAACCCACUAUCCCCCAACCCACUAUCCCAACCCACUACCCCCCAACCCACUAUUCCCAAACCCACUCUCCCCCAACCCACUAUCCCCCAAUCCCCUAUCCCCAAAUCUACUUCCCCAACCAACUAUCCCCAACCCACUAUCCCCAACCCAUUAUCCCCAACCCACUAUCCCCAACCCACUACCCCCCCAACCCACUAUCCCUCAACCCACUAUCCCCAACCCACUAUCCCCAACCCAUUAUCCCCAACCAACUAUCCCCAACCCACUAUCCCCAAAUCUACUUCCCCAACCCACUAUCCCCAACCCACUAUCCCCCAACCAACUAUCCCCAACCACUAUCCCCAACCCACUAUCCCCAACCCACUACCCCCAACCCACUAUCCCCAACCCACUACCCCAAUCCCCUAUCCCCAAAUCUACUUCCCCAACCCACUAUCCCCCAGCCCACUAUUCCCAACCCACUAUCCCCAACCCACUAUCCCCCAGCCCACUAUUCCCAACCCAUUAUCCCCAACCCACUAUCCCUAA